AUGGGCGCUAUUGGAGGAGACGAGUCGAAGAUACAGCAUGGCCCCAAGCCACGUGCUCCGUUACUGGACUUUUUGCGUGGUCUCUGUCUGGCAUUCAUCGUCUCUUUUCACUUCAUGUGGGACCUCCAAGAGUUCGACAUGUUACCUCAUCCUCCCCCGGCCCACAAGGUCGAUGGACUCCCAAUAAAGAAUUAUAUACUCUUCAUUGUCUACUUUGUCAUCUCCAUCACCUCUUGUCUCACUGCCGCCCUUUACACUCCCUAUUUGGGUUAUGCAUUGUAA